CAUCAACUGGAUCAAGAAGCAAAAAUGAUUUCUCUAGUCUUUGUUCUCCUCAUAGGAGCUGCUUUUGCCACAGAGGAUGACAAGAUCGUUGGAGGGUAUGAGUGUACGUCCUACUCCCAGCCCCAUCAGGUGUCUCUGAACUCUGGGUACCACUUCUGUGGUGGCUCCCUGGUCAACAAGGACUGGGUUGUGUCUGCUGCUCACUGCUACAAGUCACGUGUGGAGGUGCGUCUUGGUGAGCACAACAUCAAGGUGACUGAGGGUAAUGAGCAGUUCAUCUCUUCUUCUCGUGUGAUCCGUCACCCCAACUACAGCUCCUACGACAUCAACAAUGACAUCAUGCUGAUCAAGUUGAGCAAGCCUGCCACCCUCAACGCUUAUGUGCAACCUGUUCCUCUGCCCAGCAGCUGUGCCCCCGCUGGCACCAUGUGUACUGUCUCUGGAUGGGGCAACACCAUGAGCUCCACUGCCGAUCGCGACAAGCUUCAGUGCCUGAACAUCCCCAUCCUGUCCUCCAAGGACUGUGAAAACUCCUACCCUGGCAUGAUCACCGCCUCCAUGUUCUGUGCUGGAUACCUGGAGGGAGGCAAAGACUCUUGCCAGGGAGAUUCUGGUGGCCCUGUGGUGUGCAACGGUCAGUUGCAGGGGAUUGUCUCCUGGGGAUAUGGUUGUGCCCAGCCCAAUAACCCUGGUGUCUACACCAAGGUGUGCAUCUUCAAUGAUUGGUUGAACAGCACCAUGAACAACAAUUAAAUCUGAUCCUAACCUCUGUCUUCCUGUAUAGUCACACAACUCAACAACUGUGCAGUUCAACAUCCACUUCCAGUUGAUAUGUUGAUUUAGACUAUGACAAUAAAGCAUUGAAGAUGAAGUAA